CGGCAUUUCAGACGUAAACAGAUGAAAGCGCCCCUUGAUUGAUGUUGAACCAGCAUUUCUUACGGAUUGCCAAGGGCCUCGUUUUUUUUACGAUAGCGACAGCGUGUUAGGUUGAAUUAUCACAAUUUCAUUUGACGACCUCUUAUCUUCCUCCAAGUUGAAAAGAACACAGCGUAACAGAGCAUACAUUUAAGUUACCAGCAUAUUACUCUUCGUUAAAUUCUCUUGCAAUGUUCAGCGGGACUUCCGUGGCAAAUAUCAGUACCAAUUCAACGAACGAUACAGUUCCGAAUGAGGCUUCAUGGUUGGACAUUCUUCAGUACACUCUGUUUGCCAUAAUAUUUGCAGUUAGUACCAUAGGAAAUAUUUUGGUCUGUUUGGUGGUGUUGGGAACAAAACGCAUGCGCACAACACGAAAUUUCCUCCUUGUCAAUCUGGCGGUAUCAGAUCUAACGGUAGCCCUAUUAUGUAUACCGUUCGACUUGGUGCUCAAGAUUACAGCACCCAACUGGCCGCUUGGCGCCGCGAUGUGCAAGUUAUUGUGGCCUUCUAUGACACUUGUAACCAAUUCCUCUGCAGUUACACUUGCAGUAAUCAGCUUUGACAGGUAUCGUGCAAUAGUCCGACCGACAAAAGCUCGUCUCACAACUCGACAAACUGGUUUCAUCAUUGGGGCAAUCUGGGUGGUGUCGUUAUUGCUUGUGCUGCCAUACGUGUUAGCUUUGAAGGUAAUCGAUAACAGCUGCGACGAAGAAUGGCCCAGUAACACCACACAAAAAAUCUACACUGUGGGACUGUUUGUAUUCCAGUAUGCUUUACCUCUCACAAUCAUUGCGUUUGCAUAUGUCAAAAUAGUUCUCAAGCUUCGAGAACAAUCGGAACGAAUGGCGAGCUACCAUGAAAUUUCAAAGAGGCCAGCAUCUCCAUCGUUGCCAGAGGAAAACUGGAAUGCUGGCAAUAGCCUCGCCCCCAACAUAAGUGAUGCAAUCUCGUUGUCUUCUCCUGUUCCAGAGAGGAAGAAACUUAGGAAUGGGAAUCUCAAUAAAACACAUCAUCUUGGUCAUAAGAAAUUAGAAAUCCAGAUGCACGAUGUUGCCUCCCCACUUCCAACAAGGAAGAAGCAGCAGUUUCCGACAACAUCCCGAGCUUGCAGAAUGAAAGAAGCAAAACGACUCGAGCACAACACUAAAAUUGUAAAGAUGCUUGUUUCCGUAGUCCUCUCUUACGCGAUUUGUCUUUUGCCAAAUCAAGUUGCUUGGUUAUGGUUGGAGUUUGGAUCUGGUGAAAGCUGGCCUCAUUUUCAAGAGUUACUUAUAUUUGGAAGCCUUAUGGUAUACAUCAACAGUUCUGUUAAUCCUUUACUCUACGCUGGUAUGAACGAAGAAUUUAGAAAGGGAUUCAUAAGAAUUAUAAAAUGCCAAUGGAGAGAGCAGCGUCAAACAUUUUAGUUCGGUGGUUAAAUUAAGCGUUACAUAAAUGAGUGUUGAAGUUACCUCUCGAUGCAGGUAUCCUUAAAACUUCGGCUAAAUUUGUCGUGUAAAAUUUGUGUGAAUCUCUUCCAACCGUAAACAUCCUCGCUCCUUUUAGUUAAAGUAAAUUUACUUCAUUUCGAUGACCUUUCUUUAACAUGCCAAAUUAAUAUUCUGAGGUUUCCUUCAUGGUUAAAAUAAAUCAAUAUUUCGCACUAAGUAACAGCUGAAAAUAUUUUCACAGCUGCAAGCACUGCGGCUGCACCUCAAUAUCUUCUGUUGCUCAAUUUUCCCAUAAUGUAUCAAUCAACUUAGUAAGUGAAACUAUUUGCAUCAAAAUGUAAGGCUGAUUGUAAGCCGGUAGAAGCUGAAGUUUUGCCUUUUACACAGGAGGUGACUUCCUAAUUUUUUCUUUUUUGUAUGAACACGAGCAGCAAAGAUACUCUUUACGCGAGGAAAAAGAUAAUAAAAAAUGCAAAUGACAUGCAAGAAAAGAUUCUUAUAGUGGAGUUGAUAAAUACCCUGAUGGUAACGAUAAAACAAAUUUGAGCGCUUGAGGAAAAGGUGAAAUGAAACAUUAAAAGAAAGAAUGCACUAAGAAUUCCAAGGGGUCAGUGUAAAACAAGCUUUUCUACGACAAAAAAGUAACAGCGACAUCUUCUAAAACCCCAACAACUACAAAGAGGAAGAAUAAAAUCUACAUCAUGCUGUAUAUUCAAGACAGAAAAAUUAUUUGUCUUGAACUGUUUUGAAAACAGUAGAUUGGGUAGGUAAUACAUAUUUUAACGAAAGUAAGAUUCGUCCAUAGUUUUAAUUGGGUUUGCUUGGGAUUGUAAUAAAGUAAGGUUCGAAUGGAAACUGAGAAAUGGUAAAAUAGUGUUAUAAUGAUUAAAUAGCCGUGUGGAAAUACGAAUUUAGCCAUUAUCAUCACGAGGAGAAAAAUUCGCAUCCACAAGAGGACACGCAUAUGUUCUGUUUACCAUAAAUAGAUAGAAGAGACAGUUCUAUAAAUAAGAGACAGUUUCAAAAUGUCUUUCUAUACCACAGAAUCUAAUGGUUAUUUAACUACUCGUUGACUCACUUCUCAGCAAUGUGAAGAAAAAGUUAAAUUAAACCUAAGUUUAAAAUAAAGCUCCCGUGAAAAGUAGGUACCCAAUGUUAAUAAAGCUGGUAACCAAAAA